AUGGCAGUGAAAUUCUACGGCUCCCAAACUACUAGCGAGACAGUGGCUCCUCUGUCAUAUACAGGCUCCCCUUGGAAGCUCUUUCUCUUCGACAGCCUGCUGUUCUUGCGAUGGAGCCCCUACCUGAUCAAUAUUGUCCUUCCACUGUGGCCCUGUCUAUCCCAUGGCCUGGACGAACUCUAUCCGUCCCUGCCCAAUAUCUAUGACAUCCUCCUGCAUACUAUUCUCGUCGUGGCACAAUCGUUCUUCCUGAUUUCUCUCCCAUUCCUGAUCACAGUCCCCUUCGUCUUCUACAUCUUCUACAUUGGACUAUUCCUCGCGUUGAACACGUCCGUAUGCAAGCUGCUCAAUGGCAACAUUCCCGAAGACGGUCUCAAGUCAACUGAGGACGAUCAUUCUGCCACUUGGAGACGGCACGAUGAUGAAAGCUGGAUCUUCCUCAACGGCGUGGCGGUGGGGAAACACUGGCUGCAAAGUAAUAUUGAUAGAAUAUCACGAACCUUUCACCGUCCAGUGGUAGGGGUGCACAAUAGAACAAACGGCAUCAUCUUCGAUGUCAUUCAAUGCCUGAUCCAACGCGCUUUACUCUACAGUAACUCCAAUAUCCGCCAGUGCCACGUGCUCAUUAAGAGGGCUCUCUACGCACCCGGAAUCAAGAAGGUUGUUCUCAUCCUACAUUCUCAAGGCGGCAUCGAAGGUGGCAUGAUACUCGACUGGCUCUAUGAUGAAGUACCUCAUGACUUGCUCAAACAGCUAGAAGUCUACACCUUCGGGAACGCCGCGAACCACUUCAACAACCCGUAUCGAGUUCAUAUUCCCGUCGGUGCAGGUGCAGGCUCAGAGCCGACCUCUACUCAUUUGCAAACGCGGAACAAGCGCACAGUGACCCAUAUUGAGCAUUAUGCAAACAGCGAGGACUUUGUGAGCCGAUGGGGGGUUUUGCACUUCAUGCGCAAAGUCACCGAAGACCCGCUGGCGAACAGAUUCAUGGGCAGCGUUUUUGAACGGCCUGGACGCGGGCACCAAUUCAAUCAGCACUAUCUUGAUAACAUGUUCCCACUUGAUCCAACUGGACGAUUUGUGCGUCGCUUGGCCGAUGGCGAUUUUAUGGAGAUGGAUGUCAGGAUAGGUGACGGUACAGAAGCCAGGGAGGGGCUAGAUCAGACCCUUGAUGCAACAUCAGGAAGCAUCGGGCCCGAGGCAAGAAUUCCAAGUAGUCGAUCAUCAGUGCGGACGGAGAGCCAAGUAAAAGCAUCGAGGCCAGAAGGCACUAGGAUUUCGGAAGUUGAAGUGGCGAGAACCAACGGGGUUCCCUGGAAGGUGAAGGAUUUGAGUCGAUUGUGGGGCUACUGCAAUGGCGACUCUCCUGCGGCCAUGUUGUGA